CUGCACAUGAGCAAUGAAUAAACUAAUUGUAGCAUUUUACCGUAAGGCAGGCCCGAAAUUUCCCGCCGUUUCUGCCGCCUCUGCUGUUUCCGCCGUUCGCGCCGUUCGCGCACCCUCCGCAUUUCGGGGUCCAGCCUAGAAGACUCACCCCCAACACUCUAUUCCUUCGACACAGCAACCAUGACUGACUGGAUUAUCAGACCUCUGUCUGAGGUCCUUCCACCCACCAACCAGACCAACGAAAGCGAGGUCACCGUUGCCACCAAGAGUUUCCUAGAACAGGAAGAGCUAUCGCGCAUAAGUGACGAGGGCGAUGAUUUCCAUUCAGCAUAUUCGAGUCUGGAUAGCGAGUCAACUAGCAUUUUAACCGACACCCCACUACCCAAGCCAUACGAAGACGAACAGGAGGUCUUUGAAGAAAUCCUCAAUUUCAACGUCCAGGAGCUGAGCCUCACCGUCCCCUCGGCCAACCCAAUUUUUCGUGAACCGGUCUGGCACGAAGGGACCACCACCGACUUCCCCAUGAGAGAGGAGACCCAAGAACGCGACUACGAGGAGUACUUGUUCGCCCUCGGCUUUCAAUACUACAGCGACAAGGCCUGGUUCAAGUGUUUAAUCGCCUUCCGAGCCGAUUGGCAACUCGAGUGGGAGCAGGCUCGUCUCAUCAAGCACGUGGAGAUCUUCGCGUACUUCAUGGCUCGCAUGCGUCCUAUUGAAGGGGUAGGUCCCCUUGCUGGCCUCUUCGGAUUUGCCUUUAUCAGCUUUGGCGGAUCGCUUAUCUCCGACUUCGAGCUCAAGGAUCGCAUUGUUCCAAAUCCACUUGACGAUAUCGUCUUCGCGUACUCUGAAUAUUAUGAGGGUGAGGCCGCUCAAGUUGUUAUUCACCACUACCAUGCCCCCUACAAGCACAAGGUUAUCAUUGUUGAGUGA